GAGCCGUGAGCCAUGAGCCCUUUCGUCCCUGUGCCGUCAGCAGCCACAUGACAAGCGGACCAGGAAGCGUUAGCAGCAAGCUCCUUCCCUACACAGCGUCCCCACCACGGCCUCCGGUCCCCACGGACACCCCUGGGGUAUCUCCCAGCUCCAAGGGGGUGAGAUUCUGUCUCCCGGCUCGGCUCCUGCGUGCCGGGAAGAUGGGAAGCUCCAGGCUGGGUGAGAGCCCAGCAAGGAAAGCUCCUGAAGGAUGUGGUUUCCUCUAGCCAGCAUCCUCCGUGAUAGGAGCAGGGUUUGUCAGCUCCUCUCCGGAGCACGUCAGGUCUCCAGGCAGGGACGCUGGGUUGGACUGGGGACAGGCAGAAGCCAUGCUGGCUGCAGUGCUGGGAGCACAGAGCUGGGCUUAGGAUGCUCUGAGCACCAGCCCAGUGCAAAGCACCUGCACCAUGUUCAGCCGGUCGGGAUACCAGGCCCUUCCCCUGGGAGACUUUGACCGCUUCCAGCAGUCCAGCAUUGGGCUCUAUAGUGCCCAGAAGGGCUUCUUCUCCUUCGGAUCCAAGCAAGACUCUCUGGGGCCAGCUGGAAAUACCACAGAGUCCUCCCAGGGUUGGCUGUCCUGGAUCUGCCAUGGGAUUAUCACCUCCUUGGUCUUCUUGCUGAUGGUUGUCACCUUCCCCAUCUCAGGCUGGUUUGCCUUGAAGAUCGUGCCCACCUAUGAGCGAAUGAUCAUCUUCCGCCUGGGCCGCAUCCGGGCACCGCAGGGACCUGGCGUGGUCCUGCUGCUGCCCUUCAUCGACCACUGGCAGCGAGUGGAUCUGAGGACAAGGGCCUUCAACGUGCCCCCCUGCAAGCUGACCUCCAAGGAUGGGGCCGUCAUCUCCAUGGGUGCCGACGUCCAGUUCCGCGUGUGGGACCCCGUGUUGUCUGUCAUGAUGGUGAAGGACCUCAUCGCGGCCACCCGGAUGACGGCGCAGAACGCCAUGACCAAGACCUUGAUGAAGAAGAGUCUCCGUGAGAUCCAGGUGGAGAAGCUGAGGAUCGGGGAGCAGCUCCUGCUGGAGAUCAAUGACAUGACCAAGUCCUGGGGCCUGGAGGUGGACCGUGUGGAGCUGAGCAUGGAGGCUGUGCUGCAGCAGCCCCGGGAUUGCCCUCUGGCCGCUGUGCCCCCCGUGCCCGGGCUGGAUGGCACCAUUCAGCAGCUGGCUGCCCACUUCUUCAGCAGCGCCCUGGCUGGGGCAGGCAGCGGGACCGGCGCUCCAGAGGCAGCAGACAGCGUGGAGACCGUGAACGAGACGGAGCCUCCCGCCGCUCCCCUCCUUGCCAGCAGUGCCCAGAGGAAGCCCAGCACGGAUGAGCUGCUCGCAGCAGUGGAACCCAUCCUCUCUGAGGCCCUGGUCAGCCAGGUGGGAGCAUCCUACCAAGUCAACAUCGCCCUGCCCAGCGGCGCCUGGAGCACCUACUUCAUAGACCUCUCCUCAGGCAGCGGCCGGGCUGGCCAUGGCGUGCCCGAGGGCAUCCCUGAUGUCAUUCUGGAGGUGGCAGAGAAGGACCUGCAGGACCUCUUCUCGGGUGACCUGCGCCCCUUGGGUGCCUACAUGAGCGGGAGGCUGCAGGUGAAGGGCGACUUGCACCUCGCCCUGAAGCUGGAGGAGCUCAUCAAGGCGAUGAAGCAGCGUAGAUAGAGCAGAGCAUGCGUGUGGGUGCGUGUCUGUGUGCAUGUGUCUUUGUAGGUGUGCGAAGGCAGGGGACAUGCAGGGGGGCUGCGCAGCGGGGGCCUUGUCCUGCUGGAGCUUCUCCCUGUGGAGGCUGCAGGAGUCGGUGAAGAUGUGAGCAGGGAAACUGAGGCUGAGCUCCAUUGCCAGUCCUUGUCGUUGGCUUUACCUCCCCUGCCCAUCCUUUGCUUACAAUGGGAUGAGAAUCCCAUGAGAAGAUGGGAUGCAGUUGGCACCCCAGCAUGUGCCAGUUUGCUUCCAUGUCCCUUGGCCAAUAUGCCACCAGGGCACAGCCUUGAUGUCCCAGUGCUCCCAUGAUGGGCUGUGUGGCCAGACUGGAAGGGGCAUGAACUGAACAGGUUGGAUUGAGAAGAGCUUGGGGACACUGUGACCAAGCACAGUAGCCAUGGGAUGGGCAGCCAAAGCAGGGCACCAGGGCUGGCUGGACCAGGCUAACGGGAUACUGGCAUCCAUGGGGAAGGAGCAGAGGUGGUGAUUCUGGGAAUGAUCUGCCUUGGAGGUCCCCAAACCUUCCUGACACAGCAGUUUGGAACAAGCAAUUGCUCUAAUUUGUGCUUCAAAGUGCUUUUGCAUGUGUGCUGUGAGGCCUGCCCAUGGGGCAUGUGGACUGUACAUAGGCAUAUAUGGAUACUUAUUUAUUUUGUAAGCUUCCUUUCUAUCAGCUCUCGAUGGACAAUAAACCUGGUCUGCAGCCUUGUGCUUGGGCAGUGAUGGGCUGAUGACUUC